AAUAAAAUUACUCUGAGACGCAAGAAAAAAAAAUGACGCAUCAAAGUAAAUAACAGUCUAUCAUGACUAAGAAACCAUUGUAAUGGCAAGAUCCAAGCUUCGGUUCUGGCCCAGAUCGGAGGGCUAUAGUUCGUUAUGUAUCCCCGCCUCCGGCCGCCCAUGACUGGCCAACUACGCGUGGCAAGCCCGGCCCCUUCCACGUGCAUGGCUGUGGCCCCUCCUGCAGUCCUGCUUGCCUGCCUGUGUCUUGUGAGCUGGUUUCUAGCCUACGCUUUGGACGGACAGAGGCUGAUCGCUGUCUCCUGAUCGACUGCCAAGAAUAUCCGGGUCGUUCGGGUCGAGGAACGGGAACCCGGGUUAUUCUAUUGCUGUGCUUGUUCCUAAGUGCCUAAUUUGAGAGUAGAUUAGAGUUCUUAAUUGUCUAAUUGUCUGCAAAUAUUUUGGAGGUUGUUGUAAGCUAGUAUAAAGCCAUGAUGGUCUUUUUCACUAAGGCUUACGGUGGAGUUCGGAUCGCAAAAUGACGACAGCGAUGUCGUAUCGUAUCGUAUAAAGAUUGAAAAGUGUCAACUGUCAAGCACCUUCAGGCUUUGAUAUAUCAGUCGCUCACCUGAUUAAUUCACCCAAGGAGGAGUAAUAAAACCAGUUGAACUGAGAGCAGCGGAGAGCAGCAAGGCUAGCCCAUUUCUUUAGCAGCUAGCUAGCGCACCUCUAUACUAGUACUCAAAAUCAAUAAUGGCAGAGAUCGUUAGUUCUGCCAUCGUUGGAGAAGCUGUUAGCCUGGUCUUUUCUGGUAUUGCCACCAACGCUACAAAAGAUGAAGACAAAUCAGACCAAGAAGCAGCAGAAGAUGGCCUGGAGAGGCUGGAGAUAGCGCGCAUCAAAAUGGAGGCUGCGUUGGAGAUUUCCGGCAGGUGGCAGAUCACCGACGUGUCGCUGCUCCACUGGCGGAAGAAAUUGAAGCGUGCUGCCGAGGACUGCGACGACGUGACACGCACAUGCAGGAGGCUCUCGAAGGAAGAAGACGAGAAGGAACAGUUGCUAGUGGCAGCAUCGCCGCUUCUGUCAGAAGAUUUGAGAGGCUUGCGAAUGGUGCUGGCGAAUUCAUGAGGUUUGUGGAGCUCGGCG